AUGGACAUCGCUGCUCUCCUUGCGGUCUUCUCGGAGACCACCUCCCAACCUCAGUCCACCGUCGCAGCGGCCGCAACCCACAACGUCGGCCACAAGCAUGACAAGGAGGAGGCCAAACGGCAGAUACAGGAGAGGAAUAGGUUGGAAAGUACCUGGUACAGGGGCUGGAUGGCAAUGAGAGGCAACUACCCCCGUUUCUUCCGUGGCCGUAUCAUCGUCCAAGAUGAAAAGGACGAAGGCGGCGCCUACGCCCUCGCUUUUCAGGCGGCUCAAGCUGCUGGCUCCCACGUCAACACCCCCCAAGACACCCAAGUGGUGAUCUUCUCCGACGCCUCCAUGGACCCGCGCAAGCAGACUAGCACCUGUGCCGGAGCCGGGGUAGCGUUGCGCCGCCAUGACCCCAGCUUGGCGGGCGCACCCAACGGCAUGGUGGAAGUGUGGGCGGGCUGGCCCGUGUGGGUAGACGAAGCCGAUGCGCUCAACAUCACGGGUGCAGAGACCCUGGCUCUUUCCUUUACAAUCCACGUGGCCAUGGUCGAACUAUACCGCUUGGAGGCCAGGCUGGCGGUGGAGGAGAAGAAGAGGAGGCAGGAAAAAGAGGAGAGAAAGGCGAGGGAGUGGAAGGAGAGACAGGCAAGGAAGAUGGCCAAGCAACAUCGCAAGUUGGCAAAGAAGGCGAGGAGAACCAAACGGGACGCAAAGAGAACCAAGGAGCGCCUGCGCGAGAAAAGGGCAGAGAGAAAAGAGAGGAGAAUAGCCAGAAGGGAGCACAAGAGGCUGAAGAGAGCGACCAAGUCCAACCAGCGGCGGACAAAGGUCACCGCCAAGAUCUUUACCGACUCCACGGGCGCCCUUCUCAUGCUGGACGGCCAGCUCCCCAUCACCACUGCCGGUCUGCGCAUGGCCGCCACGGCUGCAAUUGAGCAGUCCAUGGAACUCGAGCGGCGUUUCGUCAACCGCGCCGCGUCCUCUACUCUCAUGGACGUCGGCCUCGAGCUGCACUGGGUGCCUGGCCACAGUGGUCGUCAGCCCGAUGGCGCGGCAAGGCGGCUGCAUAAAAAGGCGGACGCCGAGGCAGGGAUUGCCCGCGACUGGGCUUGUUGGAAUAUCAACAACUGGUCUAGGGGGUGCGGGUUCCCGGUUUCCCUCAAGGAAGUUAACGCCUAUGUUGCUGACCUGAACGGGGAGUUGCCUGAGUGCAAUGAGCCGGCCGUGUCUUUACCUCUACUGUCUGAGCAGUUUGGCGACAUGGAGUUGCCGCAGUAG